UUCCAUAAUCGGCAUCCAAAAAUGCAGAUUAAUCGGUUAACCUCUUUCAUAUUACAACCAGUGGCCAUGUACCACACCCCCCUCGGGCCUUAUUGCUUUAAUAUACUUCAACCUGGUAGACUAGAGGCCAAAAAGACAGUUGUGCCAUGCAGGAUGCAGACAAUGUUUUACAAACAUUUUAAAGAACUGGGAUCGACUCCUUUUCAUUCUCAGUCAUUUAAAAUCAUUUAAAACUGAAUUUCAACAUUACUUUCAAAAAUAUACAAUUCAACAUCAGAGUGCUGACAUGUAGUAAUGGCAACAAGCUAUUAAAUGGAAUUGGAUGUGUCAUAGUGCAGGUGCUAUGACCAUUUACUUAACCUUUUCCUUUAUCACCUUUCACCCUCGCAUCCCAGUCUUCCAGGCCUCUGUCUGCUUCUAUGCAAAGAGUUGUCAAAUGUCAAGAGUUUGACUGUCAAAUGUGUCAGUGUUUCCAAGGAGGAAAAAGCAAGACAGAGUCUAACUAGAGUCAGUUAACUGAGGGAAGGUGAAGAGAGUGUAUCUGCCCCAAGCCCAGUUACCUGCCAACCUCGACGACCCAUCUGACACCACCCCUGCUCCCUUCUGGCUUUAGUGGCCAUGGCCCUCGUCACAACCAUGGGAGUGGUGCCAGUCGUUCUCCUGGUCCUGGCAGCCUUUGACUCAGUGUCCACAGCACACUCUUUUCCUAAUAGUUUUGGCAAAGAGUUCAUCACUGCAUUCCCGGAGAACAUCGCCUUUUACCAUCCCACUCAGCCUUACAACAGAAUUGUAAUCACAGCACUACACAGUGACACCACGGUAAUUAUGAAAAUGAGGGAACUGGGUUCCACAGAUACCAGGAACCUGAAUGCAGCACAGGAAGUUGUGAUUCAGACAAGUUGGAUAAGUGCAGAACUCAAGAGGUCAAAGUUCUCUAACAACACAAUCCAUGUGACCAGCAACAAAGACAUCAGUGUCCUUGCCAUCAGCCAAAGAGGUGAAAGCAUCCAGGCCACGGUAGUCCCACCGGUGGAGAGCUUGGGUACAGAGUACCAUGUCCCCCCUAUACCUGAGAUGAAGCAUCCUCAGCCUCAAAUAGACCCAGGGAACCAUUUGUUUAGGCUCAUCAUCAUAAACAAUAAAGAAACUAACAAGGUCACCAUCUCAGGGCCAGCAGGUGAGAACGAGACUGUCUCACUCCAGCCGUUCCAACUGGUUCAACUCGGGCUCAAUAGAUCACUGCCAGAGCCACACGUAUUGGCCGACCACCCCGUGGCGGUCCUGUACAGCCACCCAUGUGCUGCCACAACUAACUGCACCUGUAGUUUUCUGUUCAGCCCUCUGUACCCCGUCACAGCUUGGGGGUCAGAAUACCUUGUGCACCCCUCUUUGGAGAAUGGAGCUUUGAAUGAAACUACCUUCCUGCUGACGACCAACCAAAGUGUGAGUUUACUCAGCGAACCCCCCACAGAGCCCCUCCAACUGCAGUCUUCCAACGAGCUUCCCUUCCUCCCUGGUGGCUCCUCCCUGGUCAAGACCUCCAGUCUUGUCUCCCUGACCCUCCACAGGCCAGGCCUACUCCUCAGCCUCAUCCCAACGCAUAGCUUCUCCACCUGCUACCUCCUCCACUCCCUCAACGCCAUGAGGAACCAGGCCCUGUUAGUAGCCCCCACAGCCCAGACAGAGGGGGUGCAUCAGGGGAACACAGCCCUGGAUGUCACAUGGACUCCCAUGAUGGGGACCGAGUACUCCUGGGCACUCAUUGACUUUGGGACAGAAUACAGGAGGCAUGUCAUCUGGCAUAGUUCCUCCAAAAUGGCUGCUUACUACUUGGGAGAGACAAACGGCAUGGUUUUUGGGAAUCCGGCUGCCAGCAUCAGCACAGAUCCAGAUUCUAAGGGCUGUUUGCUGAGGCCAGAGGUUGUGACACUUGGGGACAAGCAGGGUGGCUGGCCCGAGUCUCUGAAGUACUGCCAAGAUCAGGGCUACAGUCUGGUCAGCCUGAACACAGAAGAGUUUCUACUUCAAGUGACCAAUAAACUGAGGGAGAUGCAGGGUCAGGUGUGGAUAGGCCUCCGUCGGAGCUCACUGACAGGGCAGUGGUACUGGCUGAGCAAGGCUGCUGUGUCCUUCAGUCACUGGGCCCAGGGUGAGCCAGGGAACCCCAUACAGGGCCAGUGUGCCAUGAUGACACUGGACCCCCAGGGAAACUAUACCUGGAGCGACCAGAGCUGCUGUGAAGCUCUCCCAGCCGUCUGCUACAGAGAGCCACUACACUUCCCCCUUCAGUAGAGCUCUAUACAUGACCAUGUCCCUUUCUGUAGUAACCUUCAUACAUUAUAAGCACUAGAUUCAAGCCCCUUUGUGAAGGGCAUUUCAUAAGAUAUAUUCUCUAAACAGCUGUACUGUAUGUCUCAAUCCAGAAUGAUUGAAACCGACUGGUGUCUCUGAUCUAGGUCUUCUUGACAAAUAAGACUGUUUUUACUUGUUAUUCAUAUUACAGGUCCAAACCUGAUUGUAUCAAAUCAAUGAAAUAUUAUCUACUGUAGUCUUGUGUAAAGUCUUAGAUAAGGUGUAACAUAUG